GGUGAGGAGUGAAAUCAUCCUGAUUGUGCACCUAUCACCAUGGUGGACUUGCGUAGUGGGAAGAGCACUAGCCCCUACACCCAGGAGCAACAAGAGAAGAUGGUCGCCUUAGUGAGAGAAAAUAAGGAAAGGAAGUUGAAGGCAAUUGCAGAGGAGCAGGCGGCGAAGAGGAAAAAAUUGGAGGAAGAGGUGAUGAGGAUUCAGCAGGAGGAGGAAGAAAAGAGAAAGGUUGCCGAAGAGGAAGCAGCAGCAGAAGAGCAAAAAGAGAGAAGACGUAUAAAAGAGAAAGGAGAAAGUAGUGGCACGGCGAAUGAGGACGCCGCAAAGGAGAAGAAGAUAAGUGAGUGGAUCGCUAAUUUAUUGUUGGGGGAGGAUGAGGAGGCAGAGUUUUAUGUGGCCCAGGACGAGAGGGAUGCGUUAGCCCAGGAGCUAGCAGCAAUGGACGACCCUUUGGAACGGAGGGAAAGAGAAGAGGAGAAGAAGUUAGAGUGGAAAUUGAGGAUGAAGAGGGAGAAGAAGAGAAGAAGGGACGAAGUUAACAGGCUGACCGAGGAGGCGGCAAAAAUGAGGGAUUGUAGACAGGAAGUGCAGGCGCAGACAGACAUGUCUGCCAAGAUGGAUAAGGUGCUGGGUUAUUUAGAGGCGUUGAGCGCGGCCUGGUUGGAGGAGCGCCAAGCCAAUAGGGGUCAAGAUGUGGCCCUAAGUGUCAUGCGGUCAGGCUUUAGAGAUUUUGCGCGCGAUAUGGUCACCCAUGUUGGAGGCGAAGUUAGGCGGCUGAGGGACAGCAUGGGGAAGUUUUGUGAAGGCGCCAUCGAGGGUGCCAAAGCAAUAGCCGCUGUAGAGGGCUAGGCCAGGCCUCGUAAGGAGCCUGUUAAGCUGAAAUUC